AUGCUGGGCCAGGAAAACGACCUCCUCAUCCGCGUCUUGCAGAUAUUCGAGUCGCUCAUUGCUCCCGGGGCAACGACGCACUCCGAGGCGACACAGGCGUACCCGCGGCAGCAUGCCCUCAACCGCGCCUGGGGUCAUCUACGACAGGGGAGCGCAGACGCGAGGCUUGACUUUGCCACGCGCUGUCUGAGGGUCAAGCAGCCUUUCAUGCUGCAAGACUACGACGAGUCCUUCGCCGCGUGGGAGGAAGAUGUCGUGGCGAGGUAUCCCGAGGACGGGGCGCAGUUGUCUGUCGACGAUUGCUCCCCGCUCAACAAGAGCAGGACCGAGCCAUCGUAUGCCGUCUGGAGGACAGCGCAGUCGCUCUUCAAGGCUCUCGCCGCCUCCACCAAGUGCCAGUGCCGUCCAGCGCACGAGCUAGGUGCCAGCCUCUGUCUCGGCACGUAUCGGAAGCCCCAGCUCGACGACCGGAACUGCUUUGCCAUGUUUCUUGCUUCCGGCCAAUACCUGCAGGAGGCCCAUGUGCACAUCGUCAACGACAGCGUGGUGCGGUUCGUCGUGGGCGACCAGGCGCAACCCAUGGCCAAGAAGAUGCACUAUAGGCCCAUGGUGGUCAACAUACUGUGCGAGCAGAUCGCCAAGAUGCAGAAGAUGGCCUCGCAGCGGCUCGAGUUAAAGGUCGAGAGGGGCCGGCUCCUCAAGCUUCGAUCCGAGAGGAGCAGCUUCCGCAUCGAUAAGAAGCGGCUCCCGGUGCCGCUGCAACACUUCAUCCGGGAAGAACCCCGGUCAUUGACGGAGAAGACCAAACGCAUCCUGGCCGUGCUGCUGAGCUACGCCCUUCUCCAUCUGCACGGGACUCCCUGGCUCCAGCCUACGUGGGACUCGUCGCAGAUUCUGUUCUUCUACACCCAGUCGUCCACGAUCCCCCUGAGGCCCUUUAUCCACGCCCAACUGAGCGGUCGCCAAGUUGCCACUGGCUUGAGCGACCUCGGUCGGCGGGAUCCGGGGGCGGGGUCCGUUCCUUUCGACGACGGACCAGAUCACCUUGAUCCCGAUGAGCUUUACCCGGCCAACUUGGAUCCAGACGAUGUCAAGCACCCGCUCCCAGCUCUGGUGACCUUCGCCGUCAUGUUAAUGGAACUACACUUUGCAACUCCGUUCCAAGUUCUUGCGAGUAAUCGCGGAAUGGAAAUUCCCGAAGGGCAAGACAGUUGUCGAGGGCAGCUGUUGACCCCGACAUCUGGAUACACGGCCGCCAAAUUCUACGACAAUGAGAGGCCUUCUGGAGCUCACCCCGACGAACAGCUCAAGAGCUACUUGAUCUGGAAAGCCGACUGCAGGUCCGUCUACAAGAAGUACAUUGAUCCCUAUUUGCAGGAUCCUCCCCAGUCACCCGUCAAGGUUGCGAUACUCGACUCUGGCGUCGAUGAGACGCACAACGCCUUGAAAACGGGACAGAUCAAGCUCAAGCGCAAUUGGACGAGUAAAAUCAAAAAGGCGGUUCAUGACCGCGACGGGCAUGGAACCUUCACCGCGAGUCUGGUCGUCGACUAUGCCCCCGACGUGGAAUUGUACAUCGCCAAGAUAGCGGACAAAGCGCUGUGCCCCCCUGCCGUAAUUGCAGAGGCUAUAAAGACGGCCGUGGAUGACUGGCACGUCGAUGUCGUUUCCAUGUCCUUUGGGUAUCCAACGAACAAGAUCGACGGCUACGGAGAACUGGAGAAGGCUCUCCUGCACGCGCAUUCACGGAACGUCUUGAUGUUUGCGGCCGCUUCGAAUAGCGGCGCGAACCUGGACCGGGCGUAUCCUGCCCGCGAUCCGCAUGUCAUCUGCAUUCACUCGACCGAUUCGCAUGGAAACCGGUCCAAGUUCAGCCCCACGGCGCUCGCCCGUGAUGCCAACUUGGCCACCAUAGGCGAAGCCAUCCAGUCUGCCUGGCCGGUUGGGCUUUCCGAUAUUGAUGCAAACCCAGACUGCGUCCAAUGCAAGUCUGGCACCUCGUACGCAACGCCUAUCGCGGUAGGCAUCGCCGCGUUCCUGCUACAAUAUGCAAGAAUCCAUCUGGCGGAAACGGCCCAUCUACUAAAGCGCCAGUCGAGGAUGAAAGACGUGCUUCUCAAGGUCGCCGAAAAGACCCAGCACUCCAUAUGCCGGGAUGAUUACAAUUACGUUGCGCUGAGCCUCUUCGAGGACAACCUGUUUGGGAAUGAGAAGGAGGUCAUAGACGUGACCCUCGGAGAGCUUCUAAGGCGUUAG